AUGAUCCAAGGGAACCUCACAAUCAUCAAGGAGUUUAUCUUCCUGGAGCUCACCCCCUUUCAGGAGGUGGAGCGUUUCUUAUUUGCAGCCUUCCUUCUGGUGUACAUUGUAUCUGUGCUGGGCAAUGCCCUCAUCGUGGUCACCAUCACCUGUGAGCCACGCCUCCACACUCCCAUGUACUUCCUCCUGCGGAACAAAUCAAUCCUGGACAUUGCUUAUGCCUCCAUCACGGUCCCCAAGUUCCUGGUGGAUCUUUUAUCAAAGAAGAAGACCAUCUCCUACAAUGGCUGCAUGACACAGAUCUUCUUCUACCACUUUGUUGGUGGGGCAGACGUAGCUUCCCUCUCUGUCAUGGCCUAUGACAGGUACCUCGCAAUUGCCAAACCCCUUCACUAUGUGAGCAUUAUGAGGAGGGAGGUGUGGGUGAGCUUGGUGGUGGCCUCCUGGGUGGGAGGCGGUGUGCACUCAAUUGUCCAGAUAAUUCUGAUGCUCCCACUGCCCUUCUGUGGCCCCAAUGUCUUGGAUGCCUUCUACUGUGAUGUGCCCCAGGUGGUAAAACUAGCCUGCACUGACAUCUCCACUCUGGAGCUUCUCAUGAUCUCUAACAACGGGCUGCUGACCCUCGUGUGGUUUCUCUUGCUCCUGGGGUCUUACACCGCCAUUCUGGUGAUGCUGCGCUCACACUCGGGGGAGGGGUGGAACAAGGCGCUCUCCACCUGCACCUCCCACAUCAUGGUGGUGACUCUUCAUUUCGUGCCAUGCAUUUACAUCUACUGCCGGCCCUUUAUUACCCUGCCCAUGGACACAGCCAUCUCCAUCAACAACACCGUCAUGACGCCCAUGCUGAACCCCAUGAUUUACACGCUGAGGAACCAAGAGAUAAAGUCAGCUGUGAGGAAACUACAAAGUAGGCUUCAGUCUGCUGAGACCAAGAAACUAGGGUGA